AUGAACUUGGAGGUCUCCAACCAGGAAAAAAGCUCCCAAGGGCUGGAUUUAGAGGAGAUAACUAGGAAAAUUUCGUUUCUUGACAAAUGGAGGGAAAUUUUUAGUUAUCAUGGGUUGGGAACCAAUAAUACAACUUCUCAGAAUCAUGAAGGCAACUAUAUAUCUGCUGAUGAAACUGAAGAUGGAACAGGAACACCUCAGCCCAAAGGACAAGGACAUUUGCCAUCAAAUAGCCUUUGUUCUAUUCCCAAGCCCUCUAUCAUCUCUUCAAAAUCGGGCAGCUUUCCUAUCUCCCUGGAAAUGGCCACAAAACUGCGGCAGAUCCUCUUCGGAAAUACAGUGCAUGUCUUCAGUUGUGACUGGAAAAAGGCCCAUUUCAGGUUCCAUGAGUCUUUUUCUGACCUGUCUUUCACUUUGGAAAUAGGAAAGGGUGGUGUCCAAAGCAUUCAGAUGGCUGUACAGGGAUCCAUCAUCAAACACUUGUUGUUUACAGGGAAUGGAAAAGACUGUAAGUGUCACAGUUUCUGUGCAAUAAGCAAGCAGGAGCAGGAGCAAGCCCUGGCCUCAGCACUAGCCGGGAUCCUGUGGACUGCAGGAGCAGCUCAAAAGGCUACCGUCUGUCUUGUCACUGAAAACACCUACAUUGCUUCAACUCUUGACUACUCCAGGGAUAAUUUCACGGAGAGGCUGUGCCUGUUUGAACUCUUAGAGAAGGAAUCCACUGAGAAAUUCAUCUAUGAUCAUUUACCGUGUUUCAAAGAAGAAGGAAGCCAUGGUGUCAUUCUAUUUCUUUACAGUCUAAUCUUCUCCAGAACAUUUGAAAGGCUACAGGAGGACCUAGACGUCUCCACCACUCAUCUGCUACAACCAACUGCUGGAGGCUUUCUGUGCAGGCAGGCAGUUUUGAAUAUGAUUUUGACUGGAAGAGCAAGUCCCAAUGUCUUUAAUGGCUGUCAGAAAGGAAAGACACAGGAAUUGUUACGUGGUGUCCUGACCCGCAGUGAGGUUGGCUAUUUGCAAUGGGGUAAGGAUGCUUCAGCGGAUGACAGACUUUCACAGGUGGGCAGCAUGCUGAAGACACCCAAAUUACCUAUUUGGCUGUGCAACAUCAAUGGAAAUUACAGUGUCCUUUUUAGCACAAACAGGCAGCUCUUAUCAGAUUGGAAAAUGGAACAUCUCUUUGAUCUGUUCUUUUACAGUGGGAAGCCCUCACAGGAAAAGCCUGUGCAUCUUACAGUAGAUACUCAUUCCCAUCACUGGGAAAGGGGCCAACAUGAAGAUGAACACACACUGCGGAGACGGCAUUCUCCUGUGGAGAUGGUCAUCAGAACCAAGUGGAGAGAAGCCACCAUCAACUGGAACGGAACAGUUCCCUUUUUCUGAA